AUGGUAAAUAAAUCCAAAAUUUCUCAACCAUGCAUCGAUUAUAUAAAGAGCGAAUUGGAGAUAGCUUGUGUAGAAAUCAACGACGGACACGUUUGGAAGAAUUUAAAUAUACCGUCUAAGAUCCUUAAGACGUGUUCAAUUUGUGAUGUUCGAAACGUAUUGCCAUGGGUUACUAUAAUCAAGUGUAAGGAGUGUAAGAUGGUUUGUCAUCGGAAAUGUUUGGCUAAGGUUGAUAAGAAAAUAUGUCCUUUGAUCGUUAACCAUUACGGAAAAAAUUUAUCGACGAUCUCAAAGUCGAGUAACGAACCAUCAUCCGUUGUACUAAUUACGGGAGAAAUUAUUGAUGACGACGUCGAGGUGGCCAUGUACGACUGCGAAAACGGCGGUUGUCAUGCUAAUAAGUUGGCGUCUGCUUCAAAUGCAGCGCACUGUUUGCUCGUCGAUCGCCCGCGAAGCAGAAAAUCUUCUACCGAUCCUAAAUACGAAUCACCAUUUAUUUUAGAAGUAUAA